GACAAUGCACCUUAUCCCAUUCAUUUCAUUUCAUAAUUUCAACCCCAAAAAACAAAAAAAUAAAAAAUAAAAAAUAAAGAAACCCUCACCACCAAUCCACUCUUUCUCUUUCAUUCCACACCCUCCGAUCAAAAAUGGAGAACACCACCAACACCAACAACAACCACCCUCACCAGCAGGCCCAAUCGAGCCCAUACCCAGGCCCACCAACACUCCCACCACCUCCCACCACCACCACCGUCGUCCCCGGAGGCGCACCACCACCGUCCUCCGCCGCACCAUUCCACCACCUCCUCCAGCAACAACAGCAACAGCUUCAGAUGUUCUGGUCUUACCAGCGCCAAGAAAUCGAACACGUCAACGACUUUAAGAACCACCAGCUUCCAUUGGCGCGCAUCAAGAAGAUCAUGAAGGCCGACGAAGACGUUCGCAUGAUCUCCGCCGAAGCCCCAAUCCUCUUCGCCAAAGCCUGCGAGCUCUUCAUCCUCGAGCUCACGAUCCGUUCAUGGCUUCACGCCGAAGAGAACAAGCGAAGGACACUUCAGAAGAACGACAUCGCCGCCGCCAUUACGCGAACCGACAUCUUCGAUUUCUUAGUUGAUAUUGUUCCCAGGGACGAUAUCAAGGACGAUGCGGCGGCGCUCGGCGGAAUUGUGGCUGCUGCGGCGGCGGCUACUGCCAGUGGUGUUCCGUACUAUUAUCCGCCCAUGGGGCAGACUGCUGCGGAGGAUGGCAACUAUGGGAGUGGCGCCACCGCCGCUCAAGGGAAUCUUGAUGGACAGAGCUGAGCACUGUUGUGAGUUGGGAUCUUGUCGAUGCUGAACAAUGUUUUUGGAUUGCUUGCGAUUUAGAGAUGGUUUGUUAACUUAAAUUUUAUGGGAAGACAAUGUGAACCUGUUUAACUUAAAUGAACAACGGCAAUGAUGUUAACAACUUUUUUAUGUACAAAAAUUUCAAACUGAAUAUUGAUCUUUUUCUGUGCAAUCCUCUGAGACAGUUGAUCAAAACUGUGUUUAAUGUUUUAUGCUCAGAAGCCCCACUAAUGAAUGCUACUUCAUACU